AUGUUGGACCCAGUCAUGUGCGCUUUCGUUGGUGCGGCGAUCGUCACUUUCGGCCUGGUCAGUAGUGCAUUCUUUUUUUUGACAACAAAACAAAUGCAGACACUUUUCCUAUUCUUCUUCGUGGCACCCGAAGAGGAGGAAAUGCGGCAAAACGAGCGGCGGCAGAGUGCGGAGACACGGAAACACGACAAAGUGUCGAGGAGAAUCGUGACGAAAUUGAGGAAGAAGUUGGCGAAAUUGACGGAAACGUUGGAUGAUGAACACGCGGCGGAACGUGUGGACGUGGCAAAACUCGCCGACAUGAUCGACGAAUUGGAUUUGGCGAGAGUGAAAAAGGAGCUGAUGAGGAUUGCCGUUUCGGGCGAAGACGGCUGGGAGACGCUCGACUGA